CAGCAGUUUAUUUCAUGUGCAAAUGAUACAAGAGGCAAUCUGUUGAAAAGUUUUGCGUUUUCAGAACUUUGUGUUAAAACAUUGUUCUUCAAAGAGCCCCAAUGAAGUGACUUUACGCUACCGAUCAAAAACAUCAGCUCCCGUGUUCUAAGGCGUCCCGUUCUUACCUCCCGUUUAAAGAUGUUUUAUUACAUUCACAUUGCUUUGCCGGUUGGAUAAAUCAAAAUGCGCUUACAGUUUGUGAAAGGACCGUUCCUUGAAUAACAAACUGACGACGACUUCUGAUAGUUUCAAAUGCAAUGACAGGAAAUGCAACAUCUGCAAUUUUACCUUCAUGCGUCUCACCAUCCGAAUCCCCAAAUAAAAAUGUCAGACACGGGUGAUGGGCCAGAAGACUGGAGGGUGGCUAAUGUUGUGCCUCUAUUGAAGAAAGGCUGCAAGGAGAAUCCAGGGAACUACAGACCAGUGACCCUAACAUCUGUGGCAUAUGAUGAUCCGCUUAGAAUUCAUAAAUGGAAGGUAUUCUACGAUGCUGGAAAUGUCGAAGAUUGGUAUUGGAUGCUGGUAGUUUGUCCAUUUCACAAGGGAUAGAGCCAUCCAAUACACAGAAUGCUGGGCAAAUCAACUGUACAAUUUGGCAUGUGAAUUUAGAGUCUGCUCCAGAGUGGAUAAGAAAAGAGAUAGAAAAGUCAUGGUGGACAAAUGGGAGGCUGAACUGCCCGCGUUGUGGGGCCCGUCUAGGGGAUUUUAACUUUGUCUGCCCUGCCAAAUGCCCCUGUGGGCAGACAGUGACUGUGCAUAUCUGUAAGAGUCGGACUGACUAUGAGCCGCCACGUUUAAUCAGAAUCAGUGAGUCCGCGGAGGUGAAAUCCUUGCGUAAACUGCAAUACAUGCACGGGUUGGAAACAUUGGCGAAGAUGGAGCAUGGGACAGAAAGCAGCUUGUCCCGCUACAGGCAGAACCAUUCGAGGAAGAUGGCUCAUGAACGAAUGACUGAUGCACUUUGCCUGGAGGCAAGAUCAUGCAGCAGAGGAAUUGUAGAAGUUGACAGGAAUGAAUUUAACUUCAAAGCAGCUUAUCCACAGCCUUGCUCUUCUGCUUCACAGCCAGUGAGAGCCAGAUGUGCAGUGAAAGGUUUUCAUAAAAAGUCUCUCAGUCUGGAUUUUAACCGCACUAACUCAAAGGACACAUCUGUCAGUUUUGCUGGCAUUCAUGGAUUGUGUCCGCGAUCAUCUUCUUGUGGGCUUAUAAUGAAUCACAUAGAUGAGACUGCUACUCCUAUGCAGCAGAUUCCUCUGGCAGAAGAUACUAAUCUGCAACUAACUACACAUGAAGCAUUGAAUGUGGCUCUCUUUCGCAGUCAAUAUGUUAAAGACUCUGAUUUUGUGUUGAGUCCUCAGUCGUUCCGAAAUCAUCCUGCUGAAGAAUACUGCGAAGAUGGUGAUCCUGGUCCAUCUGUGCCAAGACUCCGCAAGAGCAAAAGUGCUCACAUUUCCUCCAUUGUUAGAGGCUGGUCACCCGAUUUAAGUACUGAGGCAAGUGAUGUAGAGGAGUGGGAGGAAGGACAUGAAGCAGGUACAAGUAAUCCUUGUGAUGAUCCUGCACCGUGCAUCCCCAUUUUCUCCACUGUCGGAGAUAGACCAUUAAGUAAACGGCAGAGAAAUAAACUUAAGAGUUUGAAGAGGAAACAGCGGAGAUGGCAACGAUGGCAGCAGAGCAAAUUGAAGGAACAAAAACAGGCUUCCAGUUCCAGCCUAACCACUUCAGAUGAUGAUGAUGAAAUCAAUUGGGAGAAGAAAGGCUACAUUUGUGCCGUCUGUCUGGAUAUUUUCUUCAGUCCAUACAUGUGCUACCCGUGCCAUCACAUCUUUUGUGAACCCUGUCUUCGGACCCUUGCAAAGGACAACCCGACCAGUACGCCGUGCCCUUUGUGCCGCACCAUCAUCACAAGAGUCUAUUUCCAAACAGAAUUGAACACCACUAUGAAAAGUUUAUUCUCUGAGGAGUAUUUAGUCAGAAGACAAAGCUUUCAAAAAGCAAGCUGUGCAAAGUGGCCAUUGCCUAGCUGCAGGAGACUGAUCAAAGUCUUAGGGGGUUUUGGAAGACGUCCAGAUCCUGUUGCAAGAAGACAAUUCCCUCAUGGUGCCUACAGGCUGGAUUUUGAAGAUGACAAUCGUGGCUGGAGAUUUGAUAUGGACAUGGUUAUCAUAUAUAUCUACUCUGUCAACUGGGUCAUUGGGUUCAUUAUUUUUUGCUUUCUUUGCUACUUUUUUUUCCCAUCAUUUUGAAUGGGGUUUUUAUAGGACUGGUAACAUGAUAAUAAUUCAACUACAUCAUGUUGAUCAGUAAGCUUAGAAGAGAUUUUCUGAAGUAUUGCACAAUAAAUAAUGUCCAGGAAUAUGAUGAUGCUUGAAGGAUUGAAUUAACCAUAUUCUUUCCAGCUGUGAUUACCUUCUGUAGUUUGAACCAAUAGCAUUCAAAUUCAAGCUACCGUAAGUGGAGUCUGCAGUGUGUAGCCAAUGCAAUUGAUCGAGUACUGUUUUUUUGAAACUGAACUUUGUUCAAAAACUUAAAUGUAACCAACUCACAACAUGAUUUAUUUAUUCAAUUGA